GUGAUAGCAUGACCGCAGACCGGUGUAGCUGAUGCGUGCCAACUGUUUUGCUACGUGUCAUACGCGCUAAUCUGGUUUGUACCAGGAACUAAUUUCGCGUGGCUUUGUCAUCCGGUGCUCCUUUCUCGCGUCCGGUCGCCUCGUGCGUUCUCAAGCUGUAAAAGUAUGCGGCAGUUGAAGGGGAAAACGAAAGAGACGAAUAAACAGAAGAAAGAGCGGAAAAAGGAAUUCAUGGAAAAUAAGCAGCGAGUGUUCACGGUUGUGUUGCCCACCGUAGCUGCGAUAUUUGUGAUAAUAGCGGCAUACGUUUAUGUUAAAACCCCCAAAGGGACCAACUAUGUGACCUGCGGCUCCGUAUUGAAGUUAAUGAACGUGGACUAUAACGUGAGGCUGCACUCCCACGAAGUAAAGUACGGCAGUGGUAGCGGACAGCAAUCGGUAACAGGUACCAAUGUCAAAGAAGACGGUAAUUCCUACUGGAUCGUUAAAGCGGAAUCGGGAAAGCAGUGCAUCCGGGGGAAGCCGAUUAGAUGCGGAGAUACCAUCAGAUUGGAGCACAUUGCGACGAAGAAGAAUCUUCACUCGCAUCUUGUUAGCUCACCUCUGACUGGGAAACAGGAGGUCUCCGCCUACGGGGAUCACAAGGGUGAGGGUGAUAGCGGGGAUAACUGGAUGUUGAUAUGCCAGAAUGAUUUUUGGGAGAGAGAUGAUACGAUUAUGUUGAAGCAUAUCGAUACCGAUAAGUAUUUGGCUGUCACUGGCAGAACUUAUAGUUCUCCGAUUAGCGGACAAGUCGAAGUAGUGGGUGAAUACUCGCCGAGCAGUCCUCACACACAAUGGUCGGUAAUGGAAGGAUUGUUUAUUCAUCCUAACGACUUUAGAGCACAGCAUAAUCAGCAUACAGAAUUAUAAAGACAAUUUUUAUAAUGAUAGCUUUAGUCUACAAAGUAUGUACAUAUGCGUCGCAGAGUGCGUGAAUAAGUUAAGGAAAAAGUGCAGAAUUAUACUACCAAAAAAAGCAUCGUUCAAAUGUCAUUGAAUGAUGUUUUCUUCUCGUAAAGCUGCGCUUUCAAAACUUUCGAGAUAUUAAAUGUCAAUGUUACAUUUUGUUCGAGCAAAAAUUAUAGACAUUGGUUUAAAGUUCACAAAUGAAACAAUUAUAUUGGAUUGAAAUUUAAAUGUUCUCAGUCCUGCUAUCUUGUACUAUCGUCACUAUUAAAAUUUAACAUUUGGUGAUGACUCAUGUGUGUGAUUUAAAUUAAUAAAUAAUUUAAAAAAUUAAAAUCAGUUCUCAAGAAGAUAUUUAUAUCGAGCAUAUCUGACAAACACAAACGCAAUAUGAUUUCUACGGAAUACUUAUCUAAAGAUAAAAUGUGUUCACUUAGUUCAACAAAAAAUUAGUUUCUGAAUCGAACCUCAUAUUGAGAAAUAUGAGAAUUAAUUAUUACACGAUCUGGCAAGUGAUCUAGACCCAAUUUUCUCAACUAUAAGCAUGGUUGGAUUUUGAGUUUAGUUUUACCUGAUAGUAAUUUCUUUCUAGAGAAAAGUAUCUAUAUCUCAUUCUCAGAAAAAAAGCCAAACCGGAAAUUCUGGGUUUGCGUUUGUGUUUGCCUUAUUCUCUCAUAUCUUUACAAUGUCUGAAUCAGAAAAGCAAGCAGGUGUAGCAAAAAUAAAAACUUUUUAUCAUACUACGAUAUUCUCGCCAAUCAUAUAUGAAAAGCAAUAUUCGUAAAAUGGGAUAUUAUACAAUUGCAAAAGUCAGGUUCGAAAAAAAUGUAACCUGUUAGGAAACAUCUAUCGAUCUGUAGACUUAAUUAUUAAUAUCCUAGAAUAUUUGAUAAUUGUAAAAUGCGCUCAUAUCUGUUCUCUAUCAUGUAUGAAUGCGUAAAUAUGUUGUACAUAUGACUGUAUUUAUUGUUACACAAGUAUAUAAAUUAAGAAAUAUGUGUGUUAUAUUUAA